CUCAAAAAGGACAGAAUAAAAACGAAUCCAUCGUGAAUCUUUAAGCUCAAGAUAUUAAACCGGCAUUUUAGUUGAAAAUACACUCUUCUCAUAUCCAUUCUUUCCCUUAUGAUUUCUUUCUGAUUCCCUCCUCUUAUAUUCUGCCUUCUUCCUAACAUCCCUCGUAUGAUAAGCCCUUUUCCAGAAUUUUUUAUGCACAUUGUUCCUAAUAUGGUCGUCUUCAUACCGAAGACUGGCAGGAAAAGCAUUUGCAUCAUCGCAAGUCCAGCAGUAGGAACCCAUUUCUCAAGCUCUUGUAAGGCACCAUGGACAUUCGCAAUAUUGUUUUUUCCGAAUCUUAUAGGCUCCAACCAAUUUGGUACACCAUCUUCUUUCGUCAUUGAAUCCAACCACUUUGACAUCUGCACACUUAGAUCACUUGUUUGCAACCAUGUAUAUAAUUGUGAUAAAUCGUUUUUGGUCUGAUCAAGGUUUACCUUUGCAUCGUGAUCGUCGUCGAAUCUUUGGCGUUUUCCAAUUAUAGUCGGCAUCCGAGAGAACCUAGUAAGAUGGAAGUCUGAAGCACCAGGAUCUCGCGCCUUUCCAGCAGCAAAGACGUCCUGUAACAUUCCAAUGCCUCCAAUACCGACCAAAUACCAGGCGUGUUCCUCAAGCCCCGAUACACUGAUAAGUAGGCAAAUCCAUAAAACAGCCAAUAUCAGAGAUAUAACAGGGGUCUCUGUGCGAGGAGUCGAGCUAGCUGUCGCGAGAGUUUCGAGGUUCCAGGACCCUUUGCGGCCGAUAAAUACCAUGAUAUGAGCAAAUCCAUUUCCACGUGUCAAGCAAGUAACCUCGUCCGAACCUAAGGUUCGGCCCGCCCCAUUUUCCUGUCUCCAUUGUGGCAAGGCGCAUGUAAGAAAGGCUAAAAAGUUUCCGCAUAGAACAAUCAUCAUAAUCCCCCAGUUUUUAUUAAGAUACCAAGGUGGAGUAGCAAUUCCGAUCUCCGCAAUGAUAGUCACCCACCCUAACCACCAUACUAGACCAAGAUUUGGUUUUAAAGGUGCUCCAAGCUCAAAUAUAUCGAUUCUGAUUGAUUCUGCUCGUCCUUGCGGCGAGUUGCUUAGAAGCUGGCCGUUGAAUGGGUUUGAUGAGUCGACUUCGUUCCUUAUCUCGUGGUCUCAUAACAAUCGACCAAGAACGCAAGACUGGUUUGUCCUAGCAAAAGCAUUUGCACAGUUCACUACGAUAACCGGAACAUCAGCUAUCGGCAUCAAUUUCCUCUCUCCAGUAACGGAUAACAGGUUUGUGAACCCAUAGGCGACCCAUCCACUAGAACAUCGAAUAAUUAGUAUUCGCUGCUGAAGGAUGCUUUGAGAGAGAAAAGAACGAUUCAAGCUAUAUCAGAAAGCUUAGGGGUUGCAGAUAAGGGUCGGAAAAUUGAAGUAUGGAAUCGAUAGUGCCUACAAAGAAAAUGCCACGGGUGUAAGACCGAUACUCAGACCAUUACUUCCAAAAGGACUUAGAGUGUACCCAACGUGUUGAGCCAUAGCCUUCUGCACUGUAUCGUCACCUCUCAGAAGAAGAAGGCUCAAGAUAUCCCAGGGUUGCUCCAUUGUUUUCGAAGGCUCCCAGCUGUAUUAUCAAACAUCAUGUUGCCUUUUGUGAAACUGGCUUGUAUUAAAGGAAAAUGAGUUGGUGAUAGAAUAUAAAUUUUA